GUAAUUUAAGUUACAAGUCUCACAGGUUCUGGACUUCAACACAGCUUCAAUCAAAAUACUGGCAAAUAAGCUGUAUUCUAAAGGAUAUGCUGUGUACCUCCCGGCUACCGCUGGACCCCUGCGUUCUUCGUGGCAAUGUAUCGAUCCGCGGCCUGGAAGGUGGGGUCCACUGCACUACCCAAACUCCGACGACUCAGUCUAACACACCAUCAUCAGUGUGCUCGGCGCUGUCCCGAUUCCCGUUGGACUGAAACUGAGAAUAUAACAGCCCGUGUUCCAUCUACAUCUGCACUGGAAAUACUUAUCAAAGAGCAUCUUACUGUACCUUCAGCUUCCAGUUUGACAUCAAAUCUGAAUUCCAUACCAACUUCACUUUCAGUUCCUAAUACUACUGCUAAGUCUGUGAUCAUAUUCGAUAGGAAGUACAGAUCGGACAAAGCAUUUCAGAGAAUGAAUAAAGCUCUUGGUUAUUGUGACUGCUCAUAUGUGGUAACAGAGGGAAAUGAGAGAGCUGUUGUAGCAGUACUUGGUCUGCUCUCUCUGCUGUGUAUCCUGACAACGAUUGCAGGAAUUGUGCUAAUCCUGUACCCACGUCUGCUCCAUGAUAACCUUCAAAAGUUAUUUUCCAGUCAAGUGCCCAUUGAUGAAACAAUGUAUCCGGACGAAGAUGCAACAACUGACUACAGUCAUAUUCGCAGGUCUUCAAGCCUUGACACCCCUGAUGAAUACGUGUAUGAAGAGAAAGGUAAUGGAGCAAGCCGCAUGGCAACUUACAGAUCUCCUUUUCAAGUCAGGAGUAACAUGGGGCCAAUUGAUACAUCCAGCAGGAUAUAUGCUCCCAGGUCUUUCAGUCCUAGAUUUCCCGAAGGAAAUACAUUCAAAGAAAAGAGCGUCGUAACAAGUGGUACAGCAGCUCAUAGAGAGUGGGAAGAGCAGCCUUCGGUUAUGUCUUCCAUUCUUCUGUGGCGUGAUGAAGUGAACAAUGCACAGAGAGACAACAACGCUUCCAACAUGAAUAUUUAUUCUUCAGUGAUUCCAAGAGAGUCUUCACCUUCGUUCCAUAGGACUCUGAGACAGCCUCCAACUUUAUUCGAUGAUAAGAUCCUGAGAGGUUCUUCACCUUCAUUCCAUGAUAAGAUUCUGACAGAUUCUUCACCUUCAUUCCAUGAUAAUAAUCUGAGAAAUUCUUCACCUUUAUUCCAUGAUAAGGUUCUGACAGAAUCUUCACCUUCAUUCCAUAGGAUUCAAAGGGAGCCUUCAGCUUCAUUCGAUGAGAAGACUCUGAGACAGCCUCCACCUUCAUUCGAUAAUAAGAUCCUGAGAGAUUCUUCACCUUCAUUCCCUGAUAAGAUUCUGAGAGAUUCUUCACCUUCAUUCCAUGAUAAGAUUCUGAGAGAAUCUUCACCUUCAUUCCAUAGGAUUUUGAGAGAGUCUCCACCUUCUUUCAAUGAUAAGAUUCUGAGAGAUUCUUCACCUUCAUUCCAUGAUAAGUUUCUGACAGAUUCUUCACCUUCAUUUCAUGAUAAUAAUCUGAGAAAUUCUUCACCUUCAUUCCAUGAUAAGAUUCUGAGAGAGUCUUCACCUUCAUUCCAUAGGAUUUUGAGAGAGCCUCCACCUUCAUUCGAUGAUAAGAUCCUGAGAGGUUCUUCACCUUCAUUCCAUGAUAACAGGAUUCUGACAGAUUCUUCACCUUCAUUUCAUGAUAAGAUUCUGAGAGAUUCUUCACCUUCAUUCCAUGAUGAGUUACCUGAUCAGGUGCCAGCACCAUACACACAAAGAAACACUCCAAUUUCUUGGCAUCUCUCUACGGGGCAAAAGAUGAUGUAGUUGUCUUACCAGAAGUCCCCAUAUCCUGAGAAUGUUUUAAAAAUUAAAAAACAAUGUUAGAAAUGUGAAAAUAAAGGUUUUUGUGUCAAGACCCUGUUCAAUAACAAGUGAAAGCAUUAUUUUAUCUGCAUGGGAUAAUGAAAACCAAAUAUUGUUGGCGCAAUGCUUCUGAAUGAGAUUAGAAACUGAACCUACAAGUAGUUAAAUAGUUUUUCAAAAUUGAAAAAGAAACUGUAUUUGAUUCUAUUACCAGGAUUCUACGAGAUUCUUCACCUUCAUUCCAUGAUAAGUAAGUAUCUUCUAAUUUUAAGAAAUAAUUUGCGGAAUGAAAACUAUCCUGAACAUUUUUUACUUUUUUUGCCACUUUUCUAACUUUUCCCAGUCACCCGGUUGGGUGUUGGCAUUGCAGACAUACCUGUUUAAUGUACCAAGAAAAACUCCAAUGUCUUGUCAUCUGUCCUGAGGCAACAGGUGACAAUUGCCAAUCUUACCAGUAUUUCCCAUAUUGUGAGAAUAAUUUAAAAAAAAAAUAAAAUUAAGAAUCAACUCAAAAAUACAGACUUUUAAAUUUCAGGACCACCUUCAACAACAGAUGAAAGUAUAUCAUCUGUGUGUGGUAUGGAUUUUCAACAAUUACUGGCAAUGCUUCUGAUUGAGACUGGGCACUAUCUACAAAUGGUUAAAUAUAGUUAUUGAAAAUCUGAAAAGGAAUGUAAAUAAUAUGUGGUUCUUCACUGGAUUCUGAGAGACUCUUCCCUUUCAUUCCAUGAUAAGUAACUUCUGCAGGUCACCUGAUAGGUGCCAGCACCACACACAGCACCCCUGUUUAAUGUACCAAGAAGAACUCCAAUAUCUUGGCAUCUGCCUUAAGGGCAAGUGCUGAUAGCUGCUGAACUUAAUUCCAAUAUUCUGAUAAUGCUUUUAAUAAACAGAAAAAUGCAAUUGUAAAACCAUAAAUUACAGUUUCUUUAAUGUCAUGACCAUGUUCAGUCAUCAAGAUUAAUGUAUUUUCUCAGCCCUGCAAUUACAGCUAUUUGCCUUUGUUAUAUUAUCUGCAUGUAAUAUUGAACCAAUGCUGCAACUACUAUUGAUUAAAACUAAACUGAA